AUGAGUUCUUUAAAUUGGGCUGAUGAAACAGAAAAUGAGGAAAGAGAAAAUGAAAUGAAAUUACAAUCUCAACCAGAACCAGAACCAGUUGUCGAAAAACAAGAGGAACCAGUUGCAGUUGCACCAGAAGUUGAUGAAGAACCAAGAGAGUCCUAUGAUGAUCAAAGAUCAAAUGAACAAAAACAAUAUCAACACUACCAAAGAGAUGAUAACAGACAAAUGAAUAACAAUUAUAAUAGAGACAAUCGUCAACAAUAUAAUAACCAAAACAGAGGCGGAUAUCAACAAGGUGGUUACAACAACUACAACAGACCACAACAACAACAAGGAGGUUAUCAACAACAAAAUAGAUACAAUAACCAACAACAAGGUGGCUAUAACAACUACAACAGACCACAACAACAACAACAACAACAACAACAAGGUGGUUAUAACAAUUACAAUAGACCACAAAACGGUCAAAACAAUUACAAUAACCAAGGCGGAUAUACCCGUGCAAACUCUAUUAACUAUAGAAGAAAUGAAGUUUUAAUCACUGGUUACAAUGAAUCAAUCACUAAAGAGCUUUUACAAGAUAUCUUUAGAGACGCAGCUAUCGAAUAUUUAGAAUUUACCUAUCAACCAAAAGAAACCAUUGUACAAUUAAAAGACUCUGAAAACUAUCAAAAAGCUUUGAAAUUACAAGGCUUUGUUUUAGAAGAAGUCCCAAUUUCAGUUGUUAACUAUUCAAGAAAACCACAAAACCAAUAUCAACAACAAACCCAUCAACCAAACUGGAAUCAACCACAAGAUAAACAAUUCCAACCAAAUCCAAAUUCAAAAGUUAACCCAUUUGGUGAUGCAACCCCAGUUGAUACAACUAAAACUUUUGGAGGUCAACCACCACAACAACAACAACAACCAAUCCAACAACAACAACAACAACCAAUUCAACAACAACAACAAAACUUCUAUACUCCAUCAGGUGAUAAGUACAAACCAAACUCAAUGAAACAAGGUUUCAAUAAACAAUACGACAAUAAAUAUGACAACAAAAAUAAAUUCAAUAAAUCCUUUAAUAAACCUGAUCAACAAGGCUGGCAACAAAAUGGUCGUCCAAAACAACCAAAAGAACAAAAAGAAACACCACAACCAGUUGUUAAAACUGGCAAUAAUAUUUUCGAUGUAUUAUGUGAAGACGAUGAAAAUUAA